UUAGUAUUAUAUAAUUAAUAAUUUUAGAUUUUUAUGAAAUAUUAAAUAAAGUAUUCGUGGACGAUCCAAAGUAGAUUCUUUAUUCCAGAUGUAUGCCAUCCAAAAAUAUUUUUAGGGAGCUAGAAAAUACUUUGGAGCUCUCCGGAAGUUGUGCCAAACGGGACCCAAGAGUGCGGCACAAUAAGUUCUCUCCGCAGAGAAAUUUCUAUGCUGUGUACCGUGCAUCACGGACUUGCACGAACCGCGACGGUGACAGACCGGUGAGCCCACCAGUCCGGAGCUCUAGCCACCGCUUCCGUCGUAACUGCAUGGGGCCCAACUUUUGCCACAUGGCUCUACAUGAGUGGCAAGUUCUUGUUGUUGCCUUGGGAAGUUGAACCUUCAAGAUUGCGACACGUGGCCAUGCGGUUUCUCGUUCCGAGUUGGGCCGAAUCUGCGAUAACAGGAGAAGCGGGCCCGCAUUCUUAUCCCACGUGUCUCUUUCCGUAUCUGGAUGCGUGUCUGUGGACCCGGUCAUUUUCCUAUCGAACCGGGUCCUCGUGUGCCACUUAAAACGACAUUCUAAUUCCCCGUCGGACUCGCUGUUUCCUCACCCUCGGUGGCCUCACCGCCUCGUCUUGGAGACUCGGACGUGUAAAGAGAGCGGACAAGAAGCCCGGCUCCGACGUAAAGAGGUUGCGCGACUUGCUCUGGUUUAAAUAGCACGAGACUCGAAAGCAACUUCGCCGAAUCCGAGAUCGAAGUUAAAGAGAGAGGCGGGGGAGUUACUGGUUUUUCUACUUCGAUAGUUUCUUGGAAAGCGGAUUGAAUUGAAGGCGAUGGCGUUUGGAUUGAAUUCGAGGUGGUAGGGAGGAGUUGGGCGUGGAGUUCGGCGAGGCGGAGGGGAUUUCUUGAAAGGCAAAAGGCUCUGUUCUCUUAAACCUCCGAAGGAGAUGGCGGAGAACAGAGCCCCGUUGUUGGAGAGGAUGAUGUACUACGAGAGCUGCCCCGGGUGUAAGAUGGAACGGAGGAAGGAGGAGAGAAGAGGGAUACCGUACAAGGAGUUUCUUUAUGUGUGGAUCGUCACGCUUUGUACUGCUUUACCCAUAUCGAUAUUGUUUCCAUUCUUAUAUUUCAUGAUAAGAGACUUGCAUGUUGCGAAAAGGGAAGAAGAUAUUGGAUUCUAUGCAGGUUUUGUAGGAGCUUCAUUUAUGUUUGGGAGAGCUUUGACUUCUGCAUUUUGGGGAUUGGUGGCUGAUCGAUGUGGGAGAAAACCUGUUAUUGUGAUUGGCAUAUGUGCUGUGAUCAUAUUCAACACUCUUUUUGGUCUAAGUACAACUUACUGGAUGGCAAUUACUACAAGAUUACUCCUUGGAUCUUUAAAUGGUUUACUUGGCCCAAUAAAGGCUUAUUCCAUCGAAGUUUGUCGACCAGAGCAUCAAGCUCUUGGAUUAUCACUUGUCAGCACAGCAUGGGGUAUAGGUUUGAUAAUUGGCCCAGCAAUUGGAGGCUUCUUUGCUCAGCCUGCAGAAAAAUAUCCUAAUAUAUUCUCCCAAGAUUCCUUUUUCGGGAGGUUCCCGUACUUCUUACCCUGCUUUUGUGUAUCGCUCUUUGCAGUUGGCGUGUUUAUUCUAUGCUUUUGGCUUCCUGAAACAUUGCAUAGGCAUAAUGCAAACAAAAUGCAAGAUGGAACUAUUGAAGUUCUUGAGGCUCCAUCACAUGGAUCUGGUCUAAAAGAGAACACCAAUGAAUGUGAAGAAAGAGCUCCUACAGAAAACCUAUUCAAGAAUUGGCCAUUGAUGUCAUCUAUCAUUGUUUAUUGUGUUUUCUCCCUUCAUGAUAUGGCCUAUACUGAGAUAUUCUCUCUAUGGGCUGUUAGUGAUAAAAUUUAUGGUGGAUUGAGCUUUUCAAGUCAAGAUGUUGGUGAGGUGCUUGCAAUCUCAGGUUUCAGUCUCCUAGUAUAUCAACUAUUUCUAUAUCCUUCACUUGAGAAAAUACUUGGACCCAUCACAUCGUCCAGAGUUGCAUCAGUCUUAUCUAUACCUUUGCUUGCCGCUUUUCCCUUUAUGACAAAACUGUCAGGACUUGGACUUUCAUUGAUAGUGAAUUGUGCAUCAUUGCUGAAGAACAUUCUUUCGGUAACUAUCAUUACCGGGACAUUCAUUUUGCAAAACAAUGCUGUGCCUCAACACCAAAGAGGAGCUGCAAAUGGUAUUGCUAUGACUGGAAUGUCCCUAUUCAAAACAGCCGCUCCAGCAUGUGCAGGCAUCAUAUUUUCAUGGGCACAAAAGCGCCAAUAUGCUUCCUUCCUCCCAGGUGAUCAGGUGGUUUUCUUCAUUUUAAAUGUGGUCGAGUUCAUUGGACUCCUGCUGACCUUCAAGCCCUUUUUAGCACUACCCAACAAGUAGAAUACAACAAUUAUACUGUAUUCUUAAGAGCAGAGCCUGGAAGCAAGAGAGGAAUCUGCCAUGAUGGUGCACAUGAAGAAGGGUAGGAGCAAGCCCUGGCAGCUUCUCCCAUAUGACUUCUUGUGCUCCUGAUCAGCGCUGCGGUGCAUUCAUGAGCGAAUAUGAUGAGAACAUCCAAUAUCAGGAUGAUUGAUUUAUUCAUGUAAUCUGCUAUAUAGCAGCUGAGAUUGGCUAUUAUUAGACAAGUAAUUGAAAGCAUAGUGAUAGCUUUAGCUCUUAAUGGCCUUUUUUUGCCUUCCAAAUAAGUUGAAGCUAAUGUUGUUUCAGUUUGAUAUUAACUUAAUCACCACCAAGAUCAACAUAAUUAUUAUUA